AACCCAAGAUGAUGAACAAGGACUCAGCUCGACACGUCUGAAGCUCUAUAGAUAAACAUUUCUGCGUUAAAGUAUUAAAUACAGAGCUUUCAUUGGCUACGUGUGAGCUUUAUAAAUAAAGGUAAUGUUUGAUUUUCGUGAAAGCUGACUUUGCUCAGAACAAAUGCGACAUACCGAUUGCGUUUGAGGUUGGAGGUGCGAGUGCUUUGCUUGGACACGCGAGAUGGCCAAAGUGCGCAGCAUUGAGCGCCUGUCAGGAUGGAUUGUUCUGUUGGCUUUAAUGGCGCAUCAGACUCACAGCAUUGAGACAGUGAAUGUUGUAGACUUCUGUGGACAAACGAUACAGGGUGACGGCAUGAUCGUAAAGUCCCACGAGGAGUCCCGGAAGUACUACUUCGUAUCCAUGGGAACAGAUUGCCACAUCACCAUGCAGUCCGCCACACCCCGGGACAAGGUGCAAUUCUACUUCCGCUUCUUCUUGGUCUACAGCUUGUUGAGGGUGUCACCGCACAGCCCCGCACCCCUCCUCCCGGAAUCACCUAGGGGGUCUUCGUCUUCCGGCCCAACGGGGGCCGAUUUAAGCAUGGAACCCACCACACGGGAGGAGCCAGUGGACCCCUGCCAUGCUGGCUCUUACAUUCAAUUCUAUGACGGGAGGGAUAAAUCCGCAUCCCCUGUUGGCCCACCGCUCUGCGGGAAGAGCCCUCCCCGGCCAGUGUUGUCGACCGGCAGCUUUUUAACUUUACGUCUGGUGACCCGAGGAAAGCAGCCAAGGGUGGAUUUUGUAGGAGACUUCACCUCAUUCAGGCUGGGUUUUAACCAAUCGGAGUGCAGCGGGGAGCCUUACUUCAAUUGCAGGAAUGGGAAGUGCAUUCCAAUGAGUCUGGUUUGUGCGGACGAUAAGGGCAUCGACAACUGCGGUGAUGGCAGUGACUUAAUCGAUUAUCCUGGUUGCGAUGGUCCUCCGGCUACAUCCAAGUCUCCUCAGCCCCAUGUCACCCAACCGUCACCUGUGCUCAACGUGGCCACUGUGACCGUGUCCACUCUAAAGAAUUGUGCCACUCCGAAUGCCAUGCCGGAUCCUGACUCUGUAACAGAAUCCCAGCAUUCCAUUUCUCUGCUGGCUCUGUAUGUGGUUCUGGGCGUGACGGCCGGAGGGGUUCUGAUGUGCUGGUGCUGUUGGGCUCCCGGAUGGUUCAUGUGGCGCAUAAGCGUGUUUCGCUUCUUACCCUGCUGUAACUCCUGCUGUGCGUCCUGCCAGCUGUGUAGGCGGAGCUGCUCUCAAAACAAAGACCACCGAUUGGCUAAAGUUUCACCAGAAGGAGCCGCUACACCUGUGUCUUCUACGACCACAGUGGCUGUUUGAAAACUCACCCGAAACGGACACGACGCAUUUGUGGCUCCAUAAGCGACUCAUAUUGAAAUGAUUGAAAUGAAGUAACAUGACACAUUUUAUACAGUUGUUUUGUUCGCUGGCGGUGGAGUUUUUGCCACAGAUGUUUUUUGUCUGUGCAUAAAUUAUAGAAUGUAAUUCAAGAAAAUCGCACAGCUGCAGUAUUUGUUUUGCACAGAUCUGGAUCUGUGGAAACCAGAAGAGCUCAGAUUUCUAGUUUGUAGUUGGUUGCUCAAAAGGCAAAUUCUUCUCUAUAAUAAGACCACAUGGGAUGCAGAAUACAAAAGGAAAAGCUAGCUAAAGAGGACUGGAAGAAAAAAAAGCAUAAAAAUGGUGCCUUGUUGACUCCAAUUUGCCUUACAAAGAGAUGCCGUUGAAUCUUUACGGACACAUAUCAACAGAAUGAGAUGUUGUACAUGCAACUAGACAAAAACAUCUCAAGUUAAAUGAAUUUGUUUUCUGUACACUCACGGCUGACAUUGUAACAAGGAAAACAUUUAGAAAAAGGCUGCGCCAAAACGUUUUCGUGUACGUAAGUGUUUAUUAAAACCAAAUGACAAAAGCUUUGAUAAGUAGAGUAUUCACUGUAUUUAGUCUGCAAGUAUAAAAAAACACAAUUAUGCCAAUUGAAUUCAGAACCAACAUACAAUGUCAUUGGAGAAACCAAAAAGUGUUCAUUUUGAAUGAUUAAAGACUUUUUGAAAACAAUAUGUACCAAUGAAUCAAAUCUAAGUACAGUA